GGUUUGUGAGGGCGUCCGCCCCAUGGCGGGUUCUCCCCGCCAUGGCGCAGAAAACAAGCACCGCAGCAGCCUUCUGCAACCUUGGGGGCCGGACUCUUCGGCCCUCGGAGGCCCUGACCCGAGCGCGCGGCAGGAGAAGAAGAAGUACUGCUGCAAGACCAAGUUCGUGGGGUGCGCCGGCGAGAGCCAGCACGAGGUGUCCGAGUCCGAGCCGCAGGGGGAGCAGGCAGAGGAGACCAGCGAUUCGCGACCCAAGGAGGCGGACGACGCGGCGCUGCCCCAGUACGACUGCUCGGCGGGCUUCCCCGAGCACGUGAAGGACUGGUCGUCGACCAAGAGGGACUACUGCUGCAAGACAAGCGGUCGCGCAUGCGAAGGCGACGAGGCCCCCGACGAGGCGCCGGACGCCGGCUCCGGCCCGGGCCCGCCGCCGUACAACUGCCAGAAGGGCUUGGCGUACGUGGACAAUUGGUCGCACUCGAAGCGCAAGCACUGCUGCGAGAGCGAGCAUGUGGGCUGCGACGGGGACGAGCCCCAGACACAACCAGGGCCCGGAGGCAGGAGUGCUCCCGGCGCGCCCGAAGGCGACGGCCAGACGCAGCAGGGGCCCGAGGACCUCCCCACGGCGAACGCGCCCGAGUUCGAUUGUGAUAAAGGGUGGCCCGAACACGUGGGAGGUUGGUCGGAAGACAAGCGGGCGCAGUGCUGCGAGAGGCGGAACAGGGGAUGCCCCGGAGGCAGGAAUGUUCCCGGCGCGCCCGAAGGCGACGGCCAGACGCAGCAGGGGCCUGAGGACCUCCCCACGGCGAAUGCGCCUCAGUUCGAUUGUGAUAAAGGGUGGCCCGAAGACGUGGGAGGAUGGUCGGAAGACAAGCGGGCGCAGUGCUGCGAGAGGCGGAACAGGGGAUGCCCCGGAGGCAGGAGUGCCCCCGGCGCGCCCGAAGGCGACGGCCAGACGCAGCAGGCGCCCGAGGACCUCCCCACGGCGAAUGAGCCCCAGUUCGAUUGUGAUAAAGGGUGGCCCGAACACGUGGGAGGUUGGUCGGAAGACAAGAGGGCGCAGUGUUGCGAAAGGCGGAACAGGGGAUGCCCCGGAGGCAGGAAUGUUCCCGGCGCGCCCGAAGGCGACGGCCAGACGCAGCAGAGGCCUGAGGACCUCCCCACGGCGAAUGAGCCCCAGUUCGAUUGUGAUAAAGGGUGGCCCGAAGACGUGGGAGGAUGGUCGGAAGACAAGCGGGCGCAGUGCUGCGAGAGGCGGAACAGGGGAUGCCCCGGAGGCAGGAGUGCCCCCGGCGCGCCCGAAGGCGACGACCACCCUACGGCGAAUGCGCCUCAGUUCGAUUGUGAUAAGGGGUGGCCCGAAGACGUGAGAGGAUGGUCGGAAGACAAGCGCGCGCAGUGUUGCGAGAGGCGGAACAGGGGAUGCCCCGGAGGCAAGAUAGCUCCCAGCGCGCCAGCACGUCAGGAGGCGGCUUUCAAUUGCGACGUCGGGAAGCCGGAGCACUGGUCGCUCGAGAAGCGCUUGCAGUGCUGCGAGGACCACAGCAUUGGCUGCGAUGUCGCCGCCCCAAGCAGCGCUCCCGCCGAGUUCAACUGCGACGUCGGGAAGCCGGAGCACUGGUCGCUCGAGAAGCGCCUGCAGUGCUGCGAGGACCACAGCAUUGGCUGCGAUGUCGCCGCCCCAAGCAGCGCUCCCGCCGAGUUCAACUGCGACGUCGGGAAGCCGGAGCACUGGUCGCUCGAGAAGCGCCUGCAGUGCUGCGAGGACCACAGCAUUGGCUGCGAUGUCGCCGCCCCAAGCAGCGCUCCCGCCGAGUUCAACUGCGACGUCGGGAAGCCGGAGCACUGGUCCUGGGAGAAGCGCUUGCAGUGUUGCGAGGACCACAGCAUUGGCUGCGAUGCCCCCGCCCCAAGCAGCGCUCGCGCCGACUUCAAUUGCGACGUCGGGAAGCCGGAGCACUGCGCUCGCGCCGACUUCAACUGCGACGUCGGGGAGCCAGAGCACUGGUCGUCCGAGAAGCGCUUGCAGUGCUGCGAGGACCACAACAUUGGCUGCCAUGUCACCCCGGCGGACAAACGAUUUGACUGUGAAGCGGGCUACCCGACUCACGUUGCAGGGUGGUCUCAGGAGAAGCGGAGCUAUUGUUGCGAGAGCGAUGGUAUUGCUUGCGGGGAUCAUGAUGACAAUCAGCUGACGUUUCGCUGCGAAUUUGGCUACGACAACGGCGCCUGGGAGCGCGGCUGGUCGGAUCGGAAGAAGCAGUGGUGUUGCGAGCACGAGGGCCGCGGCUGCGCUGGUGAUUCCGAGCAGGUGUAUUUCAACUGCGAAGUCGGAGAUGAGAAGGAUUGGUCAGCCAGGAAGAGGGACUGGUGUUGCAAUAAUGAGGGCCGUGGGUGCGACGGAGCAACACUGAAGCCCGAGACUGAGCCGCCACUCUUCGACUGCACCGUCGGGAAGUUUGAGGAUUGGUCGGACGAGAAGGCGAACUUCUGCUUGGGCCAUACAUCAUCAAAUCCGUACAAUUGUGACCACGGGUAUUCUAACUGGCAAAUUGGUUGGUCGGCUGAGAAGAAAAAGUGGUGUUGCGAUAACGAGGACCGAGGUUGUGACGACUAUGACUGCACAGUCGGGAAGGAGGAGGACUGGUCGGAUAUGAAGAAGAAGUCAUGUUGUCAUCGACCAGGGGCAAGCUGUGAGGCCACGCCCCCCCCGAACUUUGACUGUAAGGCUGGGUACUCGAAUUGGCAAGAUGGCUGGUCGGCUGAAAAGAAAAGGUGGUGCUGCGCCGAGGAGGAUCGAGGCUGUGACGGGGCUGCGUCGAAGCCCGAGGUCGAGCCGUCACUCUUCGACUGCAGCGUCGGAAAGGCGGAGGACUGGUCGGAGGCGAAGAGGGCUUUCUGCGCGGACCAUGCGCAGGGCGCCACAUCGUACGACUGCGAGUCCGACGGCAGCCUCUGGGACAGGGCCUGGUCGGAGUCGAAGAAGGAGUGGUGCUGCGCGAACCGGGACCGUGGCUGCAGCUCGGGGAUCGACGGGGCCUCCGUGUCCACGGCGACCACGUCCAGCCCGGUGGCAUCGCAGCUCUUCGACUGCGACGCCGGCUUCUCGAACUGGAAGGAUGGGUGGUCAGAUGCGAAGAAGAUCUGGUGCUGCGACCACGAGGACCGCGGCUGCAAGCCGAACGGCCCGACAUCACCGGCCUUCGACUGCAGCGCCGGCCUCUCCAACUGGGAGGACGGCUGGUCUGCUGCGAAGAAGAGCUGGUGCUGCGACCACGAGGACCGUGGCUGCAAGCCGACGGGCACGACUUCACCAGCGUACGACUGCGACGCUGGCUAUGCGAACUGGCAAGCCGGAUGGUCCCACGACAAGAAGGCGUGGUGCUGUGAGCACGCGAACCACGGUUGCCCCGUCGAUCAGGCGAGCGGCAAUUCCUCCGACCAGUACGAUUGCGAUGCCGAGUACGACAGUUGGGAGGACUCUUGGGGCCAGCAGCAGCAGGCCUGGUGCUGCCAGCACAGGCAGCGUGGCUGCCGGGUGCCCGAGGUGGACAGCGAGGCGUACAAUUGCUCUGCCGGUCUAGGUGCGCCUGCCUCGUCCCUCUCCAUCGCCACCCAAUCGUGGUCGAACGGCAAGAAGGUGUGGUGCUGUUUACACGAGCACGUGGGUUGCACAGAUGUGAUAUGUCGCCAGAUCGGUGGGUGCGAAGAGCGCCCCCCGCCGCGUUUCGACUGCGAGACCGAGGCGCUGCCUGCUGGAUGCCCGGAAGCGGGCAUCGCGCCGUCUGAUGACCAGAAGCAGGAGUGCGAUUGGGCAUUCAAGCAGGCUUGGUGUUGCCAGCACGAGAACAAGCUGUGUACCGCAGCGGGCCCGUCCGUCGAGGCGAGCGGCAACUCUGACGGAGAGGCGAGCGGCAACUCCGACCAGUACGAUUGCGACGCCGAAUACGACAGUUGGGAGGAUUCUUGGGACCAGGAGCAGCAGGUCUGGUGCUGUCAGCACAAGCAGCGUGGCUGCCGGGUGCCACAGGUGGACAGCGAGGCGUACAACUGCUCUGUUGGUCUAGGCAACUCCGAGCCGGCGUGGUCGAACGGCAAGAAGGUGUGGUGCUGUUCGCACGAGCGCGUGGGUUGCACAGAUGUGAUAUGUCGCCAGAUCGGUGGGUGCGAAGAGCGCCCCCCGCCGCGCUUCGACUGCGAGACCGAGGCGCUGCCUGCUGGAUGCCCGGAAGCGGGCAACGGCUCAGUUGAUUGGAGCUCGGCUCUGGCGCACGUCUUGGACCGGUUGAAGAAGCGGGUUAAUGAGUCGAACAUCGCGCCGUCUGAUGACCAGAAGGAGGAGUGCGAUUGGGCAUUCAAGCAGGCUUGGUGUUGCCAGCACGAGAACAAGCUGUGUACCGCAGCGGGCCCGUCCGUCAAGGCCAACGUCCGCAAGUUCGAGAUGGUGCCCCACGUGGGGGCGACCUCGGCGCUGGGCCGCUGCCUGGCGGCCGCCGCCGCGGCCGCGGCCGCCGCGGCCGCCGCGGGCGGCGUCCUGCGGGCUCGCGCCCGCCGCGCGGGCCGCGCCGCGGAGCACGUCGGGCUGCUGGAGGACGGCCUGGCCUCGCUGGCGUGAGUCUGGGCCUCUUUAGAGUAGGGCGUGAGUCUGGCCUCGCUGGGCGUGAGUUGUUAUCGUUAACCGCGGAGAGGCGGAUGGCGGACACGUUGCGUAAGGUAUUCCGACUCGUGCGCGCGGAGGCGCGACGUGCAUGAUGAGCGUGCAUGAUGAGCGUUGGCCACCUCAAAUGUGGUGCCCGAGCUCUUGGUAGAGCGAGCACCUAUUCCCGCGGCAAUAGAACCGACGGGACGGAAACUCGUUAAUGACCACACGAGGGCACGGACCGGCGACCAGCGUAUGUCUAGGGGCGGUCUGUCAUUAAUGUUCUUCUUCCAGCCUCCGACCUCUAUC